AUGUUGAGAUUUACAGGCCAAAACUUGGCUAAAUCCUAUUAUAGUAGAAUUGGGAGAUAUGCUGCUACUGCUUCUGGAAAGCUGGCACAGUCACGCUUGUCGAAUAUACAAACUCCAAAAACGCUAAAGAAAUUUCUCGACGAAUAUAUUAUUGGUCAAGAUAUUGGUAAGAAAGUUUUGAGUGUUGCAGUUUAUAAUCAUUAUCUGAGGAUCAAUGACAAACAAAAGAAAAGGGAACUACAAAGGCAGAGGGAAUUGAUAGAACAGGAAAGACUUACGGAUGACAAAGAUGAACCUAUCUUCAAUGGGAAUAGUGAGGCCAAAGCAGGCUGGAAGAAUCUUCAGAGACAGUUUAAUUCAGUAGGUCAAGAAGCGGAAGAAAAUUUAGAAUUAAGCAAGAGUAAUGUUCUAGUUGUUGGUCCUUCAGGCUCUGGUAAGACUUUAUUGGCAACAACGCUAGCGAAAAUACUAAACGUCCCUAUUGCAAUAACUGAUUGUACGCAGUUGACGCAAGCCGGUUACAUAGGUGAAGAUGUCGAAGUGUGCAUUGAAAGACUGCUGGUCAAUGCCGAGUUUGAUGUUGCAAAGGCAGAGAAGGGUAUUAUCGUCCUUGAUGAGAUUGACAAGUUGGCGAAGCCUGCCGCAAGUAUUGGUACCAAGGAUGUGUCUGGAGAAGGUGUUCAACAGUCGCUGCUAAAAAUUAUUGAGGGCCAUAAAGUAGAAAUUGCCGUUAAAAGGCCUGUCAAACAUGAUAUUGACGGGCAAAAGAAUCAAACCACAACCAAAAAGGAUGAAAUAUUUGUCGUCGACACAUCGAAUAUCCUCUUUAUGAUUAUGGGCGCAUUUGUUGGUUUAGAUAAGCAUAUCGUCAGAAGGAUAGAAAAUAUAAGGAAAAGUCAAAAUACCAAAGAGGCAGAUCAACCAUCAAAAAUCAAUGACCAAGAAAGAAUGAAGAAGCUCAGGUUCAGUAAUACACUUGAGCAAGUAGAAUUGGACAACGGGAAAAAAGUAUGUGCUUUAGAUUUGACUACACCAUCAGAUUUAGUAAGUUUUGGUUUAAUUCCUGAACUGAUUGGGAGAGUUCCUAUCAUAACUGCAUUGCAACCCCUUCAAAGGGAUGAUUUAUUUCAUAUCUUGAAAGAACCAAAAAAUGCCCUGCUAGACCAAUAUGAGUAUAUUUUUAAACAAUUUGGUGUCAAGCUGUGCAUCACACAAAAGGCUCUGAAAAAAGUUGCCCAAUUCGCCCUCAAAGAAGGAACUGGUGCUAGAGGUUUGAGAGGAAUAAUGGAGAGACUACUGUUGAACGUCAAUUAUGAUUGUCCGGGGUCCGAUAUUGCUUAUGUUUUAGUGAACGAAGCUACAGUUGACUCAUUACAAGAAACUGAACAUUCCUUGGCUUCCCACGUGGAUGUGAAGUAUUAUUCUAAUGAUCAAAAAGACGAUUUGGUUCACGAUGUUUAUGAAGAAGAUAAGAAAUUAGGAACAAUGUUAGAAAAGGAGUUCGGAAAUUCAGCCAGAAUCCAUACGCACACAAUCCAAGGCAAGUUUUGA